AUGUCGCUCGAUCCGAGGCGGAGACCGCCUACGCAACAAGCGCAACAGCAACAACCACCCAUUCCAGUUCCUCCGCCCCCUCCACCACCAGUAGCGAUCGCUCCCGCUCCCGCUCCCGUCCCCACAAGUACCACACCACCCAAAACCGACGCCCUCCCAGACACAUCCUUCAAACUCAAAUUCUGCACCGUAUGCGCCAGUAACCAGAACCGCUCAAUGGAAGCCCACCUGCAACUCGCCUCCGCCAACCUCCCCACCAUCUCUUUCGGCACCGGCUCCCUCGUCCGCCUCCCCGGUCCCACCAUCGACCGUCCCAACGUCUACCACUUCAACAGCACCACCUACCGCGCCAUCCACCAAGAACUGGCCGCCCAGGACCAGCGCCUCUACACUGCCAACGGCCUCCUCAACAUGCUGGGCCGGAACCUAAGCAUAAAGUCCUACCCCGAGCGCUUCCAGGAUUGGAUCCCGGGAAAGCCGAGACUGGAUCAUGCCGAAGAUCAGGGGGCCAAGGGGACGGAGUCCGGCGUCGUGGAUGUAAUAAUCACGUGCGAGGAGCGGUGUUUCGAUGCAGUGUUGGAGGACCUACACAAUAAGGGCGGGAAAUUGAAUAGGCCCGUACACGUCUUCAACGUCGAUAUCAAGGAUAAUCAUGAAGAGGCGCUCAUUGGCGGUAAGGCGAUCCGCGACCUUGCGUUGACGUUGAAUGAGGCUGCCGCUAAGGAGAGGGAGAUCCACGGGAACGAAGGAUGGAAUGUUGGUGGCGGGAAGGCGAGGAUGGGGUUCGAUGAGAAGGUGCCGGAUAUUCUUGCGGAGUGGCAGCAGAGGUGGCCCAAUCUGCCGGCCUUGUGGAGUUUGGCGUGGUUUUAA